CAACCCAAUAUCUCUCAUUGUUAAUUCUCAUUCUCUAUUUAGAUUUUUGGUUGGUACCUCUCUUUUCUUUUUCUUGUUAAGUGCAAAAGAGAGGUGCAAAAGUGAGGGAGAAUUUAAUUCCUUCCUACACCUCAACAAGUAGUUGCAUGAGGGAAGCACUCAUCUUUAUAGAAGAGACAAGUUUUCCAUUUCUAUAUCCCUUUUUAUUAAUUAUUACUACUUUAGUUUAAACCGUUCUCUCUCUUUUAGCUCUUGUUCCAUUAAUUUUUUUGUUAUAUAUAGCAAAAAAAGAGGAGACAAGAAAAAAGAAAAUUUCUACAUAUGGAAUGAUUGAGGAAGAAAAAGAAGAAAAAUAUAUAAAUAUGACUCAUUGCAAUGAGGUUCAAAAUAAUCAUAGCAUCAAUGUUGAUGGAAGAAAGGACAGCUUAAUUAGAACUUGUCUCACAUGUGGUCAUCAUAUCAAAUGCCAAGAUCAGGGUGGUGGAAUUAAUGACUUACCUGGAUUACCUGCUGGAGUGAAGUUUGAUCCAACAGAUCAAGAGAUUCUUGAACAUUUGGAAGCAAAAGUGAGGUCUGAUAUUCAUAAACUCCAUCCUCUAAUUGAUGAGUUCAUACCUACUCUUGAAGGAGAGAAUGGAAUUUGCUAUACUCAUCCAGAGAAAUUACCAGGUGUAAGCAAAGAUGGUCUAAUCCGCCAUUUCUUCCACAGACCAUCCAAGGCAUACACAACAGGAACAAGAAAAAGAAGAAAAGUGCAUUCAGAUCACGAAGAUGGCAGUGAAACCCGUUGGCACAAAACAGGAAAAACAAGACCAAUCUACAACAAUUCCAAGCUAAAAGGCUACAAAAAAAUCCUCGUACUUUACACUAACUAUGGAAAGCAAAGAAAGCCAGAGAAAACAAGUUGGGUGAUGCAUCAAUAUCAUCUAGGGAAUGAUGAAGAAGAGAAAGAAGGAGAGUUAGUUGUGUCCAAGGUUUUCUAUCAAACUCAACCAAGACAAUGUGGUGGCAACUCAUUGAUCAUGAAAGAGUCUACUGUGAAGGGUCAAAGUGGGAAUAAUAUUGAGGUAAUGAAUGGUGAAAAGAGUAUUAAUAAUGGAUCAUUUGUUGAGUAUUAUCAUUCAAAUUUCAUAUCAUUUGAUCAAGGGAAUCAACAUAGAUCAUCUAGUAAUAAUGCUCAAGUGAUUUCACAUUUUGAAGGUGCUCCUAUAUGAAUUUGAAAAGGAGAUGGAGAAAAUGCAUAUUAAUAUCGAGGCAUUAUAUUUAUACAGUUAUAUAUAAAUAUUAUGCAAAAAUAUUCAAAAUAAGUUAAUAAAUAUACUUUAGUUAGGAGAUAAUAAAUUGCUUCAUUUGUGACCUAUAUUACUUUUGUUAGGAUCAAGUAAAAGAUUGGUGAAGUGAAGUGAAGUGAAACACUUAUUUGUAACGUUAUUUUCUUCUCAAAUAUUAAUUUUAGUAGUGUUA